AUGGCAACUAUAGGUCGGAGGGGGGCCCCUCCGUCAGCCUCAAGCGCCAGCAAGCGCCUCCCGCGACCCCCUGAGAGACCCCUAAACCUCAUGAGCGACAGAAGAGUGUUUAGAGGCGCUCCUUUCAAGCUGCUGCAGAAGCAAGCAGCAGAGUCUGCAACAUCCUCCAUCUUAUUACGAGAGAAGUUGCUGCGGGCUCAGAGGGCCUCAGUGCCCUGCCCCUUCCUUCAUCAGCAGCAGCAGCAGCAGCAGCAGCAGCAGCAGCAGCGGGUGCGAUCUGUCGGCACUGGUUCUGCUGCUGUAGGUGUUUCUUCUGCUGCUGUUGCUGCUGCUGCUCCAGCUGCUGCUGCUGCUGCUGUUUCUGCUUCUGCUGCUGCUGCUGCUGAGACCCCCUUGCUGCAGCAGCAAGGCAAGGAGAUGGGCAUGCAGACGGAGACGCAUAUUGUGACCCUUGUAGCAGCAGCAGCAGCACCCGAAGCAGCAGCACAAACAGAUAUUUUAAACGAUCGGCCUGUCUCUCCUUUCUGCGCACUUAAAGCAGAAGUUGUUGACGUUCAAACACAAAUUCAAGACGGCGAGCUCUUUAACUUUGAUGAGGAAGUGGUGCCGAUCUUGGAGGUUCUGGUGGGAAGGGUUAUCGAGCAAAGCCUCAAUGAAGUGCUCCAAGAAGGAGAAAUGAAGUUAAUUAAACAGCAAAGAGAGGCUUUUGAGCGAGAACGCAUGCUGCAGCUAAUUGCUGUGCAGUCUCUUGAAGCAGCAGAACAAAGGAGACAGCAGGAAGCGGCCCGUCGUUUGUCUGAGUCUGCAGCUCGGGAGAAGCUGCAGCAGAUUGCAGAGGAUAACUAA